ACUCAUUUAAUCAAGGGAAUGCAGUUCUUAGCUUUUAGUCAAAACGUAAACCAAAGUUGUCAAUGCUAGCGAUUCCUUCGAAUGCAAUGGGCUGGUGUGCAGGUGAGCCAACGUGAGAACAGGCUCCCCAAAAGGAACCCCCUCGGUCCGUUCGCACAUGGGAACCGAGUCACCCGACCUUAUCCGCAUUUUAACAGUUUAAAAACGGACUCUUGGACACAGAAGCAUGUCAAGAGACAGCAUGACAGCUGUACGGGGAGCCCAUUCACACAAUGCAAGCCCCGCUUCACCUAAGGAGAAUGGACAUACUGCGCUGAGCCCCGUUCAGCCUGACGCCAACUUUCACCAUCCCUCAGCGGGGAACAUACCCGAUGAUACUCCGGUGUCCUCGACCAGCGAACUGACCCAGACCUGGGUUCACUUCGCUAAAACGUUUGUUCUAAUUUUCCCCAUAUACGCUUUGGGUUAUUUUGAGUUUAGCUUCAGCUGGCUGUUGAUUGGACUGGUUAUCUUUUUCUGGUGGAGGAGGAACACAGGAGGGAAGCACAGCCGACUAAACCGUGCUCUGGCUUUCUUUGAGCAGGAGGAGAGAAGUGUCAAACAGGGUCUUACGACCUCCGAUUUACCACCAUGGGUGCACUUCCCAGAUGUAGAGCGGGUGGAGUGGAUAAACAAGACGGUGAAGCAGAUGUGGCCCUACAUCUGCCAGUUUGUGGAGAAAUUAUUCCACGAGACGAUCGAGCCGGCAGUGAAGGAGUCCAACGCCCACCUCAGCACCUUCUGUUUCAGCAAAAUCGACAUAGGAGACAAACCCCUGAGGGUCAACGGAGUCAAGGUUUAUUCAGAGAAUGUGGAUAAGCGUCAGAUCAUCAUGGACCUGCAGAUCAGCUUUGUUGGCAACACAGAGAUUGACGUGGACAUCAAGCGUUACUACUGCAAAGCUGGCAUUAAGAGCAUCCAGAUCCACGGCGUGUUGAGAGUGGUGAUGGAGCCGUUGCUGGGUGAUAUGCCUCUUGUUGGAGCGCUGUCUCUGUUCUUCCUCAAGAAGCCACUUCUGGAUAUAAAUUGGACUGGCCUCACCAAUCUACUGGACAUUCCAGGGCUCAAUGGCCUCUCUGACAGUCUGAUUCAAGACAUUAUCUACAGUUAUCUGGUUUUACCCAACCGUGUCACCAUCCCACUGGUUGGGGAUGUGGAACUUGCCAAGCUACGCUUCCCAAUGCCAAAGGGAGUCUUGAGGAUCCACUUCUUGGAGGCUCAGGAUCUGGAAGGGAAGGAUAAAUUUCUGGGAGGGCUGAUCAAGGGCAAAUCUGACCCAUACGGCGUCCUGCAGAUCGGCAACCAGAUGUUCCAGAGCAAAACAGUUAAAGAGAGCCUCCAUCCCAAGUGGAAUGAAGUUUAUGAGGCACUGGUGUAUGAGCACUCAGGUCAACAUCUUGAGAUUGAGUUGUUUGAUGAGGAUCCAGACAAAGAUGACUUCCUGGGAAGCCUCAUGAUCGAUAUGACUGAGCUGCACAAAGAACAAAAGGUUGAUGAGUGGUUUGACCUGGAAGAAACGCCUACUGGGAAGCUGCACUUAAAACUAGAGUGGCUGUCUCUGCUUUCCACUAAUGAGAAGUUGGAUCAGGUGUUGCGCAGUGUGCGCGCAGACAGAAGCCUGGCCAAUGACGGGCUGUCGUCAGCACUGCUGGUGAUCUAUCUGGACUCGGCAAAGAACCUGCCAAGCAACCUGUCAGAUUUCACCUAUGACGGGUUGAAGCAAGUCUCAGUCUUUAAGGCGCUGAAGCAGGCUGCAAAGAAGAGCAGCACUGAGCCGAGCCCUCACGUCCAAUUCACUGUUGGACACAAAACACUUGAGAGUAAGAUCCGGUACAAGACCAAGGAGCCUCUGUGGGAAGACUGUUUCUCAUUCCUUGUUCACAACCCCAGGAGGCAGGAGCUCGAAGUGGAGGUAAAAGAUGACAAGCACAAAUGCACUCUGGGUAACUUGACGGUGCCUUUGAGCAGACUGUUGGUGGAGGAGGACAUGACGCUGACUCAGUACUUUCCUCUCAGGAACUCCGGGCCCAGCUCCACCAUCAAACUUAAAAUGGCCUUGAGGAUUCUGUCCCUUGAGAAGCAGGUGUCCUCAGACCAGCCUUCCUCCGUCCAGGUCAGGAAAUCCAGCGUGCCGCAGCCAACCACAGCCCCAUGCCAGAAACGGUCAGCCUCAGAUUCCCCGCUACCUCCACCCACACCUCCACCACCUAUAGACGCUUCCACGCUUACCCUCCAACACAGGGACGGCGAGCCGUACUCAGCCAGCCCUCUUCGCAGUACCUCCAACCUGAGCACCUGCAUGUCCAGUUCCCAGAAACACCUGCCUCAUAAUGAGUCCACACCCAGCCUGGCCUCGGACAUCUCCCUACCCUUUGCCACUUUGGAGCUUCAGCAAAGGCUUCGUCAGCUGCAGAAUGGGUCGGCCCCCAGCCAGUACCCCCUGGGUGAGGUCCAGCUGACUGUUCGGCACAGCUGCCAGAGGAACAAACUCAUUGUGGUGGUGCACGCCUGCCGUAACUUGAUAGCCUUCACCAAAGACGGCUCGGAUCCCUUCAUCCGUCUCUAUUUGCUGCCUGACAAGAGCCGGACAGGGAGGAGGAAGACCAGCACAAUGAAGAGGACCCUUAACCCUGUUUAUGAUCAAACGUUUGAGUUUACUGUGUCUAUUGUGGAGCUCCACAGGCGAACUCUGGAUGUAGCAGUGAAGAACGGAGGGAGCAUCCUGUCCAAACACAAGGGGCUCUUGGGAAAGGUGCUGGUAGAUUUAAGUGGGGAGGAUAUAUCCAGAGGAUGGACACAAUGGUAUGAUUUGAGUGAAGAUGGAUUGUCAUCUCAAGGCAUAACAAGGAUUCAAGACCCCCUCCUCACAUAGUGAAACAUCCUUUCUGCUGUAAUAUAGUGAUCUCAUUAAUAUAAGGGCACAUCAUUUUGUUUUUUUCAUUUAUAUUUUUCAUGUAGUUUACAGGUAUUAUUUCAGCACACAGGUUUUUCAAACAUUUCCUGUUUUUAUUUCAUUAUUGAUCACGAUUGGAACAUACUUCAACAUACUGUAGUGAAACACACUGACUGCCUUGUCUUUGUUUUCAGUGUUUUAUGUAAAUAUCAAGUUGCUAAUUCAUAGUUAGGAGAAUUUGCAGGGGUUUUCCUGACAUUAUAUUUCCUUAAAGGAAAUGGUGUUGAAAUCUGUCAAAACUGUUAUUGCUUUCUGUCUGGUUUGUUAAAAUGUGACAAAUUCUGUUUUUGUCAUGUGAGAAAACUCUUACCAAAGGAACAGAUACAAUCACAAAAGUAGGCAUAAGUAGCAGUCUUGACUUUGAUAUUUUUUGUUAUGGAGUGUUAUUUGAUUGUUUACCUCUUAUUGUUCUUUAUGCUUGAUUACAAACAUGGAAUGCAUAUAUGCAGAGAAUAAAAUGAUUGCUCUGUAUAUUUUAAGAGGACCUUGUGCAAUAUUGGUUGUUCUGAACAUUGUCUCAGAUACUGAAGAUCUGGGGGCAUUUUAGGGCUAUGAACAAGUGCUGUAUAAUUUGAUCAAAAGGAUACUUGAAUGAGGGUUUGUUGUUCAAACCAAAUGUGAGUUUAGCAAAGUAAAAAAAAUGAAAAGAGACAACAAUUAUUGUAUUUUAUGAGCAGGACCGCCAGAAUUAAGAUGGCACAGCUGUGUCAUAGGCUUGCACAUGUUUUGCCAUGCAGUUAUAACUGUUUGUUGGAGCUUUUAAAUAUUUUUCUUGUUAUCUAUCCUGUGCCUUAAAAAGACCCACUAUGUAAUUUUUGC